CUCAUUUACUCUUAUCCUCCUCCUCCCUUGUUAUGUAUACCACUUCUUCCAUCUUCGCCUAGGUACCCUCUUUCAAUUAGUUAAUUUUCUACCAGGCUAGGCAAAGCAAAGCAGCUAGCUUGAGAGAGAGAGAGAGAGAGAGAGAGAGAGAGAGAGAGAGAGAGAGAGAGAGAGAGAGAGAGAGAGAGAGGGAAAUGGGUAGGCGUGUGUGUUCAAACGAGAAGAGUCAUUCUGCAGCAUGUUCCCUGCUUCAUAGAGUUGUAGCAGUAGUAGUAGUACUGCAGCAGCUGGUAAUUUGGUCAGUGCAGCUAAUUAACGUAUCAGCAGCCAGCUCCUACGACGUAGAGUCGCCCGUAAUUAGGUUCCUUCCAGGAUUUCAGGGCCCUCUUCCUUUCCAACUUCAUACCGGGUACGUGGGAGUGGAUGAAUCAGAAGAAGUUCAGCUGUUCUACUACUUUGUGGAGUCGGAGAGUGAUCCAAAACAGGAUCCUCUCCUUAUUUGGUUCACCGGAGGCCCCGGUUGCUCCUCUUUCUCUGCUCUCUUCUUUGAAAUCGGACCAUUAUAUUUCGAGGCAGUGGAGUACAGGAAAGGAAGCGUGCCCACCUUGGUGUUGAAUCCCAACUCUUGGACUCAGGUGGCAAGCAUAAUAUUUGUGGAUUUUCCGGUGGGGACAGGCUUCUCCUAUGCUAAAACCUCCCGUGCUUCUCAUUCUACUGACCUCCGUUCUUCUCUCAAUGCCGAUCAGUUCCUCAGGAAGUGGCUAAUUGAUCAUCCAGAGUUCCUUUCAAACCCAGUGUAUGUGGGUGGAGACUCUUACUCUGGCAUCACUGUUCCCCUCGUCUUCCACCAGAUGUCUGAUGGAAAUGAAGGUGGUCUGGAGCCCAUCAUCAAUCUCAAGGGAUACUUGCUGGGGAACCCUGUUACCUCUCCUGCUGUUGAUGGCAACUUCGGCGUCCCAUUUGCCCAUGGGAUGGGACUUAUUUCCGAUGAACUUUACGAGUCACUGAAGAAAAGUUGCAAGGGACGGUACAUAAAUGUAGAUCCCAAAAACACGGAGUGCUUGAAACAUAUUAUAUCUUACUAUAAGUGUCUUACUGGGCUUCAGGUUGCACAAAUUUUGGAACCCCUGUGCGGCUUUGCCUCCCCAAAGCCACAAGAAAUCCUCAGCACAAGAAAAUCUCUGAGACUGAGAGGACUUCUCGAUCCCGAACCACCAUUUCCUCCACUUGAUUGUCGCAUUUAUGCGUACCUGCUUUCUGACUAUUGGGUUAAGGAUGACAGCGUCCAAGACGCGCUUCAUAUCCGCAAGGGGAGUGUAGGAGAAUGGCAGAGAUGCAACUUCGCAUUGUCUUACACGAUUGAAAUCUCAGACAGUUUCCAGUAUCAUGUAAACCUCAGCGCUAAAGGUUACAGGUCUCUAAUAUACAGCGGUGACCAUGACCUGAUCGUACCGUUUCUCGGGACUCAAGCAUGGAUAAGAUCUCUGAACUACUCCAUUGUUGAUGACUGGAGACCAUGGAUGGUUGAAGGCCAAGUUGGAGGCUACACAAGGACCUAUUCCAAUAGAAUGACAUUUGCAACUGUGAAGGGAGGAGGACACACAGCCCCAGAGUACAAGCCUAAGGAGUGUUUUGCAAUGUUCAGAAAGUGGAUAUGUGAGGAACCUUUGUGAUUUAUCUCAUGCUCUGUGGUCUCGAUUUCACCAAAUUGCCAUGUCUCCUAAAGAUAAAUAAGCUAUUAAUUAUAUAUGUCUCUGCCACUGGAUUCAUCAAUCACAUUGCCUCAUUCUAAAUUAUUUGAGAGAGGCCAGAAUAUGUAUUGUGAUUCUGAAACUUGGUUUGAAUAUUGUGUUUUCAAGUGGCUUCGUAUCUGCCCAUUCCACUAUGGGCGUUCUCUC